CACCACAGCAACAUUCGAUGGCCGACUGCGUCAUGCCGACGGUGUUCCCAGACGAGGACGAAGCUACGUGCAUGGCACACAUCUCGGCCUUCCUCGCGACAACCUCCGACUUUGGCCUGGACGCCAGCGCGUUGCCAACGUCGACUCACGACACGCCGUCGAGUCCGAGCUGCGACGAACCUUUGCUCCCUUCAAAGAAGCGCAGCCGACCCAAGCACGAGAUCGAGCACCUCCACGCCACGCACGCCGAGCUUGAGCGUCAGCUGCAGCUUCUUCAAUUGCUGCGCCCGCCCUCAAAGGCCCUCGGUCCCUGGCAAGCGCGUGCGAUUCACCAAGCCGAGGCGGCCCAGCGGUCGCUCCACGAGAACAGCCGCCUCAAGGACCUCGUGGCCGAAAAGCGCAAGCUCUUAGACGCUGUUGAGCGCAUCUUGACCAAGCGCCCGCGCUUCGCACUGACAGAACCGAGCCAUGACGAGAAAAUGGAGCAGCGCUUGCAGCUUCAGUUGGACCAGAUGGACUCGGAGUGGAUCCGGCGACGGCUCUACGAUGCGACUCCUUCGACACGAGAAACAACGAUUGAGCGCAGCGCGAAAGAUGGUGCCAUUGUCAGCUUUGGCUCGGUCGCCAAGCUCGUUGCCCCGUUGGACUUUGAGUCGAUGGGAGAGUUGCUGUGGGCCCACAAGGCGAGCUACCUCGGGCCGUCGUGCAGGGUGCAGCGCGCAGCCCACAAAAACCUCGCUUACACCCGAGAACUCGUCCACAUUGCCGACUUCAGCCUGCCCGCGCUUGAAACGCAAGACUGCUUUCGCCGCUUUGUCGAGCCGGACCGUAUCGUGAUCCUCUGGCGAAGCCUCUCGGACGACGAGGACAUCGCGUUGCCUGCUGCCGGUCAUCUCAUUGGGCACCGCUGGGGCUGGCUCGAAAUUGAGCGCAAAAAUACGUGGGAAACCACAGUCCGAUGCAGCAUGACGACGCAGAUACCGAGCUUGCCGGCUACGGAGCCGAUCAGUGCGGCAAGUGCGUGGUCGGAGCGCCUCAUGCAGUGGUCGUUGGCCAACAAGGAGGCCGUUGGGAACAUUAUUCAGGCCGCAGUCAUGGAGCGGCGGCAGCAACUCGGUUUGACUACCCACGCUGCUAUCUUUCAGGAUCUCAAGGAGCUCCCGAUUGUGCAUCGAGAAGAACUCUUCUAGUAUGUUGACGUCAACGACGACUACAAGUCCUUCAUUUUAGAACGAGUUGUAUACGUUCUGA